AUGCUCGCCGUUCUCCCUGCACUCGCAGGCCUCGCUGUCACUGCGCCCACCUCCUCGCGCGGCGUGGCGCACCGCGUGCUGCUGCGCUGUGCGCGCGAUGGCGCGUUUGCCGACCGGGCGCUCUCCUCCGCCAUCGAGGGCGCGGGCGGCCUGAGCGGUGGCGACCGGGCGCUUGCCACCGAGCUGGUGUACGGUGUGCUUCGUCACACCCGCUCGCUGGACCACAGCCUGGCCCAGCUUGCGACGCUGAACCGGACGGCGCUCCCCACCGCCGUGGCGCUGCGGAUCGGUGCAUAUGAGCUCCUCCACCUCUCGACGCCCGACCACGCAGCAGUCGACGAGGCGGUGUCGCUGAUCGGCGCAAAGGCGCAGCGCCGCUUCGUCAACGGCGUGCUCCGCAACCUCGCGCGCGGCCGAGGCCGCCUCGUCUCCCCAGACGCGGACCCUCGCCUCGGAGCCCGCGCGGCGCUCGCGGUGCGCACGUCUACGCCCGAGUGGCUGCUCGACGACGUGGCGCGCGCUCUCCGCGGCGACGAGGCGGCGGCGCUGGAGGAGGAGGGCGGAGAGGCGGCAGCGGCGGAGGCGGAGGUCGUGGCUUGGGCCGAGGCGAGCCAGCGGGCGCCGCGGCUGGCGCUGCGCGUCAACGAGGCGCGCUGCACUGCCGACGCCGCGCUGUCCGCGCUGGUCGGCGCCGGAGUGGACGCUACGCUGCACCCGGCCGCGCCGGGCUGCCUGCUCGUGCGUGGCGGCGGGGCGCCGCACCGGCUGCCCGGCUUUGCGGAGGGGCACUGGACAGUUCAGGACGCGGCGGCGGCGCUGAUCGGCGCGCUCGCGGCGCCGGCGGCGGGCGGCGCCGUCGUGCUCGAGCUCUGCGCCGCGCCCGGCGGCAAGACGACCCACCUCGCGUCUCUGCUCGGCGAAGGCGGCGUCGUGGUCGCCGUCGAGCUGCACAGCCGCAAGCUGCGCCUGAUCGAGGAGUCGAGCGCACGCCUCGGCGUCGCCGCCGCCGUCCGCCCCGUCGCCGCCGACGCGACGGACGUGCCAGCCCUCCGCGCGGCCCUCGCAGCCCACGCCGGCGGCGCGCAAGCCGCCGAUUGCGUGCUGGUCGACGCGCCGUGCUCUGGGAUGGGGACGCUGCGCCGUAACCCGGAGCACCGCGCGAAGGGGCGCGCGCAGCUCGCCGCGCUGCCCGCGCUGCAGGGGCGGCUCCUCGACGCGGCGUCCGCGUGCGUGCGCGUCGGCGGCGUGGUGACGUAUUCGGUGUGCACGCCGCGCGCCGAGGAGGGCGACGACGUGCUCGCCGCCUUUUUGCAGCGGCACGCGGGCCGAUUCGAGCUGGAGCGGAUCGAGGCGGCCGCGCUGCGACCCUUCGCCGCGCCGAGGGAGCGCUGGGGCGGCGACGUGCUCCAGACGUGGACGCACCGGCACGAGCUCGACUCGCACUACGCGGCGCGGAUGCGGCGCGUCGCGUAG